AUGGUGUUUCUGAUCUACUUCACUGUGAUGACAGCCGUCAUCACACAGGUGACUGCUAGCUGCCCAACGGUGUGCGAGUGCCCUGCGGAGCCCCUUAUGUGCCCCCCAGGUGUUAGCACUGUUCCAGACAGGUGCAGCUGCUGCAAGGUGUGCGCUGCACAGCUUAACCAAGACUGCAGCCACACGAGGCCCUGCGACCACCACAAAGGACUGGACUGUAACUAUGGCAACGACGUAGCCAUGGCCUGGGGCAUCUGUCGAGCCAAAUCCGAGGGACGCUCAUGUGAGUACAACAGCAAGAUCUACCAGAACGGUGAGACCUUCCAUGCCGGCUGCAAACACCAGUGCACCUGCAUCGAUGGAGCUGUGGGCUGCACGUCUCUCUGUAGCAACAAGCUGCCACCAGCGUCACGAUCCUGCCCCUACCCACGGCUGGUCAGGAGACCGGGACAGUGCUGCUUCAGUGUCGACUGCCACAAAGACGCCUGGCUUCUUCCACCUAAACACAAGGUGCCCCCACUACAACAGCACCUGCCCAGACCUCAGGACCAUGCUGUGCCACAGAAGCCUCAAACUGAACUGGUCCUGACCAACAUGCUUCCAGAUGUCAAGUCCAGAAACUGGGAGAAUGGUGUAGGCUUUAAAAAUCUUCCUGUGUGGGACACCCCCGAGGAGGAGGAGUGUUCUGUCCUAACUACCAGGUGGACCCGGUGCUCUCGCAGCUGCGGGAUGGGUGUUUCUUCCCGCCUCUCUAACAAGAACCCUCAGUGCAAGCUGAAGAAGGAGACGAGGAUCUGCACCGUACAGCCAUGCCACAGCCUGGCUGUCCCCAUCAAGGAAGGUAAAAGCUGCUCCCCGACUCUGAAAGCCCCAGGCCCCCUCCAUCUGUCCUAUGGGGAAUGUACGAGCAUCCGUCUCUACCGCCCUAACUACUGUGGUGUGUGUACAGGCGGCCGGUGCUGCUCGCCGCGGCGCACACGCACCGUGCCCGUGACUUUUGUGUGUCCAGACGGCGAGUACUUUGAGAAGCCGACCAUGUUUAUCCAGUCAUGUAAAUGCAACGAUGACUGCGACCACCUGAAUGAAGUGGCCCUUCCCCCACAGCACUGGAUGUACGGAGACACCCACAAAUUUACUGAGUGAACCUCGGUGUUAUAAAUAUGAAGAGGACGCUUCUC